AAAAAAACGUGUACAUUCAAAUUAAUUUAAAUUUAAUUGAUUUAAAUUUCAGUAUCAAUUAAUAGCCAAAUUUGUAUGCGGACCGAGAUAAGAUUUAGAACAAAUAAUAUUAUGCCUAGUAUUCAAAACGAAGCUUUUGAAAACUUAAAUUUGCAACAACUUGGAGAAGAGAGAAGACGUCUUACUGGAGAAGCUUUAAAAAAAAUAAUUAUUCACGCUUUGGAUGGAACAGAACCAACUGUCAGUUUAACAGAGAAGUGUCGUUUCUUAGGAUUGUGGAUAAUUACUCAAAUCCCAAAUUUGCACAUAAAAUCUACUAAUAUUGAUCCUUAUGGUGUUUGUAUCUUAAUAGAUAAAAGCGAUCAUAAUAUUAAAUACAGAUACUCUAGCGGACAAUUUUGGUAUGUAGACGUCAACAAUACUGAUUUUCAAAUAAUACAACUUAAAGAACGAGUUAUGAUUAAUAACUAUAUCAAUUAGG